AUGGCGUCCGACUCACAAUCUACGCCGCCGCCUUCCACCGGUACCUUGGCGCGCGGAGAACUCACGCCAGAACAGCGCAAGAGGAUCCAAAAGCGAUCCGAGAACAGCGCGAAUCCGAGCAGCGCACCGCCGCCUCUGAGCCAACAAAAGGCUAAGAUGACAGACACAAAGGGCGGCUUCCUAGCCGAGGAAGACGAUCCCUUCAACAAAGCUUUGCACGUAAAGGAUGGCAAGGACGAGAAGCCCGCAAAUAUGACGCAGAAGGAGUGGGAGCGGCAACAGCUGCUCAAGAAUCUGCGUCGGGAUCGUGCAGGUCCCUUCGAGCCGGGGAUCAGUGUGCUGGAUGAGAAGAGCGAACAGAAGGUCUGUCGCGAGUGUGGCUCCCUCGAGAUUGAUUGGCGGUGGGAGGAGGAACUACGAUGUCGCGUUUGUCAUGCGUGCAAGGACAAGUUUCCGGAGAAAUAUAGCUUGCUUACAAAGACCGAGGCAAAGGAGGAUUAUCUUCUGACGGAUCCUGAACUCCGCGACACCGAACUCCUCCCUCACAUAGAAAAGCCAAAUCCCCACAAAUCAACCUGGAACAACAUGAUGCUGUAUCUACGUUACCAAGUUGAAGAGUAUGCAUUCUCGGACAAAAAGUGGGGUUCCCCCGAGGCGCUGGACGCUGAGUUCGAGAAGCGCGAGAAUGACAAGAAGCGCCGGCGCGAAGAAAAGUUCAAGACGAAGCUUGACGAUCUCAAAAAGCGGACCCGAGUUGAAGCGUAUCGACGAAAUCGCAAGGGCGCUGCGGGUGGGAAUUUCGGCGAUGAGAUUGGGAGGGGUGGAAGGCAUGUGCAUCAGUGGGGUAGGUCGAUACUGGACCCCGAGACGGGGAUAGGGACGAAGAAGUGUGUAGAUUGUGGAAUGGAGGUUGAGGAGUUGGAGUUCUAG